GGAAGGAGGGCAGGGGCGUUGCUUUGGCUUUCACUCAGCGCCUUCUGUGGAAAAAGCUAAAAAAAAAAAAAGAGAGAGAGAGAGAGAGAGAGAGAGAGAGAGAGAGAGUGGAGAAGACAAGGAAGGGAGGCGACGAAUAAACAAGAGGGGAAGAAGGGACGAGGUGGUGGCGUCGUGGAGAAGUCUUCAUUCUUUACUUCUGCUACUACUGUUGCAACUACUGCUGCUGCUACUACUACUACGACGACGACGGCGGCUGCUACCACUGGUCCACUCCUGCUACUUUCCAGCUGCAAUAAAAACGAUCACGCCCCUCCUCUUGCUCGUUCACCACAAAGAGAAGAAAGAUGGAGCCAACCGUAACAGAUGGUUAAUCGCUGCUUUUCUCCAUCUCCCUCGUGAUCGAUUCUUCCAACUCAUCAUUUUUUAUACAUCCGCCACAAGGAGUAGGGAAGAGCAAGGAGAUUCACACGUAUAUAGCGGUGGGGGGACGAACUUCAUCAGAACCACCUUCAUCAAGCAUCUCUUCUUAUUCUUCAUCUCCCCUGUUUGUCUCAUCUUGCCCACCACUUCGCUGUCGCCUUUUCAGGCCAGCACCCAGAAAGCUAUUUCCCGACAAAGGCAGGGAUAAUGGGUGGGGGUACCAGAGCCACCGCCACCGUGGCGUCGUUCCUGGAUGUUCUCAUACUUCUCAGCCUCACCACCAUGAGCACGGCCAUCUUGGACCCGCUCGACUUCCUGGCUCUUCAGUCAAUCCGGAAAAGCUUGGAAGACAUGCCGGGCUCCACAUUCUUCUCCUCGUGGGACUUCACCUCCGACCCCUGCACUUUCUCUGGGGUGCUUUGCGACACGGAGGCGCAGCCCAACAAGGUGGUGGCGCUGAACCUAGGGGAUGCGAGAGCCGGCUCCCCUGGUCUAAUAGGGAGGCUGGACCCUUCCAUCGGUCGCCUCUCCUCGCUGGCGGAGUUGACGGUGGUUCCCGGCCGCGUUUUUGGGACUAUUCCGGACAGUAUCGGCCAAUGCAAGCAGCUCCAGUUCCUGGGCAUCAGCAGGAACUAUCUCUCCGGCCCCAUCCCCGACGCGCUCGCCGGGCUGAGCAGGCUGCAGACCCUGGACCUGAGCUACAACCUCCUGAGCGGGGCCAUCCCGGCAGGGCUGGGCUCCCUGCCCCUGCUCGCCAAUCUCAUCUUCUCCCGCAACAAGUUGUCUGGACGGAUACCUCCUAUCUCCUCUCCCGCACUGACCCGCCUCGAUCUCAGGCGCAACCUGCUCACCGGGCCCCUUCCCCAGCGCCUUCCCCCCUCUAUCACUUACCUCUCCCUCUCCUGGAACAAUCUCUCCGGCAACGUCGACCGCGUCCUCAGCCGGCUGCAGAGGCUCAACUACCUGGACCUGAGCAUGAACAGGUUCACCGGCAGCAUUCCUGCCGCCAUGUUCGGAUUCCCCAUCACGUCCUUGCAGCUGCAGAGGAACCUCUUCACGGGGGAGGUAGCCCCCUUGGACCAGGUGACGAUCCCCACCGUGGACCUGAGCUACAACCUCUUCACGGGCCACAUCUCUCCCCUCUUCUCCUCUGUUCAGAACCUCUACCUCAACAACAAUCGGUUCACCGGCCAGGUCCCCGGAAGUUUCGUCGACAGGUUGCUUUCCUCCGGCAUCCAGAUUCUAUACCUGCAGCACAACUAUCUGACGGGGAUAGAGCUGAACCCGACCUCUGCCAUUCCCCUCACCACUUCCCUCUGCAUUCAGUACAACUGCAUGAUCCCUCCCAGCCAGGCGACAUGCCCUCUCAAAGCAGGUACACAGAAGACGCGACCUACUUCGCAGUGCAUCCGACUCCGCGGCUGAUCCCUACCUCCUCUAGAACCCACCAGCUUCCCCGCCGGGUAAUGCUAAUAAUUGCGCGUCCGGGUACCAAAUCAUCCAUCACCAUUCAUUACUUGUUAUUUCUGAUUUUGGGAGCUAUUACGGUAGGCUGGCCGGCGACGGCUACAGGGACACCACGCCCAACCCGUACUUGUGUCUGCGACAUGCUUUUCAUUCUUGGUAUUGAUUCUUUCAUUUUUGGAGGGCGUAUACAUAUACAUACUAUAUAGCGUAUAGGAGGGUUCGAUUUUCUUGUUA